AUGAGUUAUGAAGAGUUCAGCGAAAUCUAUCUACGUGAGAGAAAGCCGCCCCAUAUCAAAAGCAACUUGGCCAAUGUGGUGUUCAACGACGAAUCAUGUGUUGCACCUUCUUCCUGGGACUGGGGAGAAAAGGCAGCUGUAACUCUGGUUAAAGAUAAAAAAAACUGUGGUUCUUGUUGGGCAUUCUCUGCAACUGGAGCCAUUGAAGGAAUUACCAAGAUAGCUACACAUUAUCUUCCUUCUCCUUCUGAACAACAACUCGCAUCUUGUGACAAGUAUGACUCUGGUUAUAAAGAAGGGUGGUUUUGUGACGCAUUUGGAUAUGUCUUUGAAAAUCAUGGUAUUGCCUCAGAAAGCGAUUAUCCAUAUAUAGCUAAAGAUAGUCCCUGCAAUUCCACACUGGCGAAAAAGAUAUCUGCUACUAUUGAAGGCUAUGGUUGUUGGGUGACACCUAUAUCAGAGGAAUCUCUUAAAUGUGCUGUUUACUCACAGCCAAUUAGUGUUAACAUAUAUGCAAGCAAAAGCUUGAAGCAGUACGCAGGCGGAAUUUUUACUGGGGACGAUUGCUCAUCAAUUGGUUCAUGCGAAAUUAACCAUGCUGUAUUGAUUGUGGGAUAUGGUACUUGGAACGGUCAAGAUUACUGGGCUGUCAAAAACUCAUGGGGAAGCUCUUGGGGACAGUAUGGUUACAUCUUCAUCAAAAGAAACACAGGUUCUAUUGAAGGAGUAUGUAACAUGAAUUGUCAUGGUGGUGCCCCAACCAAAGGCCUACUUUUGAAGCUUGAUUCCUCUGCAUGA